UGAAAGUCAACAAUGAAAAACUGGACCACAUUUGCUGAGUUUAUCUUGCAGGGCCUCACAGAUCAACCUGAACUCCAGGCGGUGAUAUUCAUCUUUCUGUUCCUUGCCUACCUGCUAAGUGUCCUAGGAAAUCUGACCAUCAUCAUUCUCACUCUGGUAGACCCCCACCUCAAGACCCCCAUGUAUUUCUUCCUUCGGAAUUUCUCCUUCUUAGAAAUUUCCUUCACGUCCAUUUUUAUUCCCAGAUUUCUGAUGAGCUUGACAACAGGAAAUAAAGCCAUCAGCUUUGCUGGAUGCAUGACCCAGUAUUUUUUUGCUAUAUUUCUUGGGGGAACAGAAUUUUACCUCUUGGCUUCUAUGUCCUAUGACCGCUACGUGGCCAUCUGCAAACCCCUGCAUUACCUGACCAUGAUGAGCAGCAGAGUCUGCAUACAACUUGUGUUCUGCUCCUGGUUAGGGGGAGUCCUGGCCAUCUUACCCCCAUUCAUCCUGAUGAGCCAGAUAGAUUUCUGUGCCUCCAAUGUGUUGAAUCAAUAUUACUGUGACUAUAGACCCCUCUUAGAACUUGCCUGCUCAGACACAAGCCUCUUAGAAUUAAUAGUCAUCUUCUUAGCUGUUUUGACGCUGGUGGUUACUCUGGUGCUGGUGACACUUUCUUAUAUAUACAUCGUCAGGACCAUUCUGAGGAUCCCUUCUGCCCAGCAAAGGACAAAGGCAUUUGCCACUUGUUCCUCCCACCUGAUUGUCAUCACCUUCUCUUAUGGAAGCUGCAUCUUUUUAUACAUUAACCCAUCACCAAAGAAAGGAGGUAACUUCGACAAGGAAAUAUCUCUGCUCAUGACUUCAGUUAGCCCCUUGUUGAACCCCUUUAUUUACACCCUAAGGAAUCAGCAGGUGAAGCAAGCUUUUAAGAGCACAGUAAAAAAAAUUGUGAAGAUUUGA